GGGUGCGGGCGGGUGGUUGAAGUGCUGCCGGGGUCCGGGCGGCGGCUGGGGACGCGUCCGUGCCUCAGCCUGUAGCGACGGCUGCGGUUUCCCGGCGGCAGCCGGAGCGGGUGUCCGUGGCAGCAGCAGCGGUGGCGGCGCUGGCAGUCUCCAGCCAUGCUGUGUUAUGUGACCAGGCCGGACGCGGUGGUGAUGGAGGUGGAGGUAGAGGCGAAAGCCAACGGCGAGGAUUGCCUCAACCAGGUUUGCAGAAGGUUGGGAAUUAUAGAAGUUGAUUAUUUUGGACUGCAGUUCACUGGCAGCAAAGGGGAGAAUCUGUGGCUGAAUUUGAGGAACAGGAUCUCCCAGCAGAUGGAUGGUUUGGCCCCUUAUCGAUUGAAAUUAAGAGUCAAGUUUUUUGUAGAGCCGCAUCUUAUCUUACAAGAACAGACAAGACAUAUGUUUUUCUUGCAUAUAAAAGAAGAUCUUCUGGCUGGUAAUCUUCAGUGUUCUUCAGAGCAUGCAAUUGAACUUAGUGCCUUGUUGGCACAGAUGAAGUUUGGAGACUAUAACCAGAACACUGCCAAGUACAAUUACGAAGAGCUGUGUGCAAAAGAGCUCACCACCACCGUUUUGGAGAGCAUUAUUGCAAAGCACAAGGAGCUGGAAGGUCUAAGUCAAGCUUCUGCUGAGUACCAGGUUCUGCAGAUUGUUACAACGCUGGAGAACUACGGGGUAGAGUGGCACUCGGUGAGAGACAGCGAAGGGCAGAAACUCCUCAUCGGGGUUGGACCUGAAGGCAUAUGCAUCUGUAAAGAUGACUUCAGUCCUAUCAACAGGAUUGCUUAUCCUGUUGUUCAAAUGGCAACUCAGUCUGGGAAGAAUGUUUAUCUGACUGUUACCAAGGAGUCUGGGAAUAGUGUAGUUCUCUUAUUUAAGAUGAUCAGUACAAGGGCAGCAAGUGGACUCUACAGAGCAAUUACAGAGACACAUGCGUUUUACAGAUGUGACACUGUCACCAGUGCUGUCAUGAUGCAGUAUAGUCGAGACUUAAAGGGCCACUUGGCAUCCUUAUUCCUGAAUGAAAACAUCAAUCUGGGGAAAAAAUAUGUUUUUGACAUUAAAAGAACAUCAAAAGAAGUUUAUGAUCAUGCAAGAAGAGCUCUUUAUAAUGCUGGCAUUGUAGAUCUGGUUUCAAGAAGUGACCAAACCCCACCAAGUUCCCCCCUUAAGUCUUCAGAAAGCAGCAUGAACUGUGACAACUGUGAGGGUCUCAGCUGCCAACAGACAAAAGCUCUGCAAGAGAAGCUGCGGAAGCUGAAGGAGUCCAUGCUUUGUAUGGCCUGUUGUGCGGAAGAAAUCAACUCGACCUUUUGUCCCUGUGGCCACACAGUUUGCUGCAAGACCUGUGCUGCCCAAUUACAGUCAUGCCCUGUUUGCAGAUCCCGUAUAGAGCAUGUCCAGCAUGUGUACUUGCCAACCCACACCAGCCUUCUCAACCUGACUGUGAUAUGAUCUAUGGACACACUUCAAACCCAUCAUGUACUCUUUAAACUGCACUAAUAUGAAAUGCAACCAUUGAUUGUGAAGAAGGCAAUCACUCCAGCACCUAUCCAUGAGCAAAAGCAAAAAGACUGUGGGUUUUUUUUACCUAAAUAUGCUUCAUUCAGCAUGUCCAAAAUGGUUUGAGACAUCUUCCGAGAGCAGAAAUGUAACAGAUUUAUGUUACUGAAAGGAGAAAGAUGCCUGAGCUUGUAGUUGCAAGGCAAGAUCACCCUGGAGAGGGCUGGUGUACAUGUACUGAGGGACCCAGACAGAGCAAUGCAGCCUUUGGUUUUACAUUCUAAAUCCUUUUUAGUACAAUCACUCCCUUUUAUUUUAAUGGUAAGACUGGCUUUUACAAAUAUCUGUUUAGUAUGGCUCAUAGCUUCUGCUUUUAUUGAACUGCUUUAAAGAGGAGAGAACUUCUUAAAUCUGUUCUUGAAGUUACAAGUCAGCUGAAGUUACAAGGCUUUCUCAAGCAGCUGUGUUUUAAUUCAGAAAUGUUAUCUUUUUAAUUGAACUCUGAGAGAACAGCUUUGGGAAGUGUAGGACAUGUUUAUUGGCCUUGAAGUGCUGGAGGAUGGGAUGGGAAAGCCUCCUAGCUGGCUGUGUCCUGUGGGCACAGUGCUUCUGGGUUCCCCAUGUCCAGCUUGGCUAAUGGGCUCGGGAGCUUCUCUCAGCUACCCUGUAAGUGGGUGUUCUUUGGAGACUGGUUUUAAACUACUAAACUUGAACCAUUAAUUUCUAAAAUAGGGUUGUGUAUCAUUUUAAAUUCUUUCUUCAGUUAACAUCUUUACUGGCUAGGUCAUUUCCUGCUCAAGUGUUUUUAGUCUCUACCCUCCCUGCUCGGGCAUUUUGGGCUCUGGUUUCUCAGUGUAUUCUCCAGGGUACAGAGGGAACUGGAGACCAUGUUUGGGUGCAAUACUGGCUUAAAGCUAGACAAGUACACUGUCACUUUACUGAAAUUUUCUGACUAUACUUUUCAUAUUGCCUUAAUGUAGCAGUAAUGUGUGUUUAUGCAUCUGUUUCUUUGCACAGACAUUUUGUCAAAAUAUUAAAACUCUACUUUUUUAUGACACAUGAGCAUAUAAACCUUACUCUGAGAGGGUAUUUAUUUUUUCACUUGGUAAAGAGAAUUUUGUUUCCUCAUGAAGCAAGAGCUUUGUUCUAUAUCGUAGGCAACUUCUGUCUUUUUAUAUUCAGAUUAAUAAAGGACUUUAAAAACCUA